AUGGAUGCGAUGAAAACUGCUUAUGAGAUCCUUAGGCAGAACGCUGAGAUUCGGUACAAUAGUAUGAUUCUCUUUGGAUUCAUCAUUUGGUGCAUUCCACAACCCUUCCAAGAUUCUGAGGCUUCUUCACCUCCCUCGCAUCUGAAUUCAAACUCACUUGAACUAAAACAUCGGAUUCUGAAGCUUCUUCAACUCACUCGCACCAAAUCUUAA